AUGGCGAAGGAUAUUGUGAUUUCGAAUUCCGAGAGGGAGUUUAUAUUGGAGUCCCUGCGGGCGAAACAGAGGCUCGACGGGAGGAAUUUCGACGAGUUCCGGGACGUGAGCAUUGUGUUUGGGAACGAGUACGGGGACGUGCUUGUGUCGCUUGGCGGGACGAAAGUGCACUGUCGGAUUUCUUGCGAGGUGACGCUGCCCUACGAGGACAGGCCCUUUGAAGGGUUGUUCCUCAUCUCUACGGAGUUCACGCCGAUGGCCGGCGGGCAGUUCGAGAACGGGAACAGUACUGGGGAGGACGAGGUGCUGAUUGCGCGGAUUAUUGAGAAGGCCGUGCGACGGUCCGGAGCGCUGGACGUCGAAGGUCUGUGUAUCGUUGCUGGGAGCAAGUGUUGGGCGAUCCGUGCCGAUGUGCAUUUCUUGGACUGCGACGGUGGGUUCAUCGAUGCGUCGUGCAUUGCAGUGAUGGCUGCACUGAUGCACUUCAAGAAACCGGAUAUCACGGUGCAGGGACACAGUGUCGUCGUACACCCUGUAGAGGAGAGAGAACCAGUCCCAUUGGGGAUCCUGCACGUCCCGAUCUGCGUCACGUUCUCGUUCUUCAACCCGCAGGACUCAGAGACGAACUUCAAGGGCCAGGAUAACUUAGAGAUCGUCGUGACGGACGCAACGCUCAAGGAGGAACUGCUCAGGGAGGGGGUGCUCACCGUCACACUCAACAAGAACAGAGAGGUCGUGCAGGUGUCCAAAGCAGGAGGGCUGCCCAUGGACGCACUAACGCUCAUGGACUGCUGCCACAAGGCGUACGAGAUCACAGAUAAAGUGACCAGUCAGAUCAUCGCGGCCAUCAAACAGGACUACGCGCAGAGAGACCGCUACGCAGCGGUGCUCAGUUCUGAGAACGCACGCGAUGCCACCGCAUGA